AUGCCUUCGCCUCCGUUGACCAUCCCCUCUCGACCGUCUGUGUCGUCCACAUCAACCAUAACCUCUUCAUCUUAUGAAGAACGACGUAUCUCUCAACCUACCCUGAUCUCCUCUUCACCAAGUACACCAUUAAUCAUCUCCUUUUGCUCAUCAUCUUCCACAUGCUCAUCAUCUAUGAGACGAUCAUCCAGUGCACCUCAUCCAAGAAGAGGUAGUUCUCUACCUUCUAUCCCAUCUAGUGUGGAAGUAGAAGAUUCAAAUACAAGUGGACCCCGAAUGGAUAUACUUCAAUUCAUAUCAUCGACGAUCGAUCCAACAUGGGACGAGAUCGAAAGUUCACCAUUAUCCAUGGUCCCUUCUAUACUUCCUUCAACAACUGAACUCGACGUGGACCUGGUAACUUUCUUAAGAGAAGCACCGGGCGUGGUGAGAUCACCACUCAGUGACUCAGUCACGUCAUUCGAAGAUAAUUCCCAAAUUGGGAACGACGAAGAAGAAGCGUAUGGAGAAGAUGAGAUGGACAUAGAUAUGAACAAACUCGCUUUAGUCACACCUGAACUCAAACAAGUUUCUUUAAGAACUUUUCUAGAAGAAGAGCAUUCAAGAUAUAAUACUCAUUUCCCGGGACAUGGACAUGGACAUGGAAUGGAAAAUUCACCUAAUCCAAGUUUGAGUAUAAGUGAAAUCUAUGGUUUAGGUGGAACAUCGUCCAGACUCAAACUCAACACGACGUCUUUCGACCGACUGGACAACACUGAGGGGAAUCAAUUAACCAUGACUGAAUUUUUAAAUGGAUCAAUUUCAAGACCUUCUACUUCUAAUACGAGUAGAUCAAGAAUAUCUACAUUUGAUCAUCUCCUUUUAUCACGUUCGAGUUCUAACACCGACAGAUCAAGAUCGAGAUCAUCAACUAUGAAUAGCGGUACGGCAAGUCAAAAGCAUAAACGCGUUGUAUCCCUCACCAACAAGAAUCCACCACUAUCACUUGGAUUGGGAUUACAUGUAAGCUCCGAUGAGAAUACGAGUAAUAGACAUCACUCUCAUGGAGUAGGGAAGGUCAUGAAGUUCGCUAGGGAUGCUUUCAAGAUCGGUAAUAAUGGUAGUCAUAGGUCAUAA